AUGCACGAGUUGAGUACGUCGAGCCAAACAAAGAAAUCACCCAAGAUUACAAACAAACAAUUAGCAUUACUUCUACCUCAAUAUAUCAGUAAAGUCGCGCAACAAAAGAUAGAGACGCGGAGUGGUCUUAAAUUUGAGAAAGUAAUUUUUGAUGGUGAGAAAGACGACUUCUCGCCAAACACAUCAGUUUUUGGAGAGAAAAUCAAUCAAAUUGAGAAUUUGUGUUACAUAAUACAGAGUGAGAAUAACAACACUUUUGGUGGUGUCAUUUGUAACCAAAUUAAUGUUGAUCCGGACGAAGACUAUUUCUUGAAAGACGACAAGGCCUUUGUGUUCAAUUUAAACGGAGAACAAUCAGACAGAUAUAUAGAAGGAGGCGAUAUUAUCAAAUUUUCAUGCGUUGUUGGAUCUAUUAAAAAUGAAGACUAUUUUUUGGGAUGUGUGGAUAUGCUAUUUGUCUUGGUAAAAAAGUAA